GCACUGACGACGUCGACGAUGAUGAUGAUGAUGGUGAUGACGUCACCGGCGGGGCUCGAGCGGGAACAGUCACGGUGGCGACAGCGUGAGAGACGGAGUGGCGGCUGCCUUCUCCUGCUCAGUGGCGGACUGAGAAGCCAUGGCUGACGAGGGAACAAUGUCUGGAGGUGACAAUGUUGAUGCAAAGCCCAGCACAAUCAAGGAAGGAAGCCGAAAAAGAUUUGCUGAUGAAGUGGAUGCAGAUCCUGAAGUUCUAGAUAUGAAAUAUAAUAUGAACUUCCAACAUGUUGGCACAUGCAUCAUUUUCAACAAUAAGAAUUUCCACGAACGUACAGGCAUGAGUAAGCGCAAUGGUACAGAUCAAGAUGCUGGUAAUUUGAAGAAGACUUUUCAAAGCUUUGGUUUUCAAAUUAAAAUGUAUACUGAUCAGACAUGCGAUGAGAUGCUUGAAAAGCUGAACAGUGUUGCCAAGAACGACCACAGCCAGGUGGCGGCUUUUAUCUGUAUCUUUCUUAGUCAUGGAGAGGAAGGGUUGCUGUAUGGAAUAGAUGGCUGCUUGGAAAUUAAGGAAUUCACGAGUAUUUUUAGAGGAGAUCGAUGUCGAUCUCUGAUUGGCAAGCCCAAGUUGUUUUUCAUCCAGGCCUGUCGAGGAAAUGAAUUGGACAUGGGUGUUGAGGCAGACGCAGUUGAAACAGAUAGCGUCGAUGAAAUGAGUGCAUCCCUGCAGAAAAUACCUAUCGAGGCUGACUUCCUGUAUGCUUAUUCCACAGCACCUGGCUAUUACUCUUGGCGAAAUACAAGCAACGGUUCCUGGUUUAUUCAAUCAUUAUGCCACAUACUGAAUAGGUAUGGCAAGAAACUUGAACUGAUGCAACUGCUUACCAGAGUCAAUCACAAAGUGGCACUUGAAUUUGAAUCGAAUACUGAUGCAGAGCUCUUCCGUGCAAAGAAACAAAUCCCAUGCAUUAUUUCUAUGCUCACCAAGGAAUUUUAUUUCACUUAGACUGCUGUGAAAAUGUAAGAAAAUUACACAAAUUCUAUGCAGAAUUAUUUCAAAAGUAAUUUGUCUUACUCUUUACAAUGAUUCACCUGCCAGUUGUGAGCCAUUCGUAUUGUUUUGUGCUGGCUAUUUCGAUCGAGUGAUUACAGCUUCUCUAAUCUAUCCUGUUAAGAAGUUGAAUACUAUGUCUUUUCCUGUAAUUUUGAAAGUUAUCUCUUUGAGCUUUAUUGUUAAGGGCAAUCAAUGUGCUAAGUUUUAAAGGCACUUUAAUUUUAAAAAGACUUAAAUUGCAAAUAGGUAGAAAAGUUGCUUUUGAGUAAAAAAUAAUAAUGGUUUGAUGAACAUAGUGUCGUUUGGUAUUAAAAAAAAAAGGGGCACAAAAUGCUGGAGUAACACAGCGGGUUAGGCAGCAUUACUGGAGAACAUGGAAAACGUCACUUAUCCAUGUUCUACACAGAUAAACCAGCAUAUGUACUUCCUUGUGUAAGUUGACAUGUUUGAACAGUUUAUUGCUUUUUACACCAGUUUUUCAUAACUGACAGGUGCAGUUGCGCAGCUAGCCCUGGUUUACUUUCACCUCAAAAUUGGCAGUUCAAGUUGUGGUUCAAUAGACUUUCAUAGAGAAAUCAGGAUGAUAUUUCAAUGCAUGGCAGGAGGAAUACUAAACGGUUAAAUUGUCUCUUUCAAAUAAAACUUUUCCUUAAAAAAAGUCCUUUCAUGACCUUGCUCUCAUCUUCUGGAUCUCAUGUCUCUGUUCAAAAUCAGCCAGGGAAUUCGCCAAAUCUUUCGGCCACCAUUUAUUCGUGGACCACACUUUUUCAUCAUCGAUACGACUAAAAUCAAUGAAUUGAUCGUUUAUCGUGCAGCCAUUUUUUGUAGGGUUGGCUGCCAUGAUUAACACUAUCGCAGCUGCUGAUAUUUCAAAAGGGUUUUAUUGGCUUUGAAGUAUUGAUAUUCUUGGGUAACAAAAGUUGCUAAAUAGAAGUUUGAACAUUUGAGAGAAAGUGAUUGUUCCACAAUUACAUAGCCAACUUCUCCAGAAAAUCUUUUGCUAUCAAUUUCAAAGUUCAGGGCUUACGAACAAACUGUUCUAUGUUCUUUAACAUACCCGAGUCCUAAAAUAUGCAACCUUUGCUCUGUGCAAUUCCUACAAAAUGAAGUCAAAUUAUAAACCAAAGUUCGACAUACAAGUCUAUAUCUUGCACACAGUGUAAUUGGUUAGUCCUGGGACAUGAUUAGCAAGAUUGAAAUCUUGAGUAGUAACACAUACUGAAAGCAUUGUAGCUCCAACAGCACUUCUUUAAUUUGUCAUCUAGAAUUCACCAACUUAUUUCGUACUGAAUGAUGAACGGACACAGCCACUCUCGUCGAUUCUUGAACCUCGGAUGUGGUCACUUGUUAAUCUAUGAUGGAUGACCUGUGCCUUGUUCUCCUUUGUCUCCUGGGGAGAGGAUGGGAAGUGUAGCCUUUGGAUGUGAUUUAGUGCCUUCCCUUCAUGAUAGUUGAAUCCAUGGAUAUAAACCUAUUCCGCCAUUGGUACAGCAAUUUAGACAUCAAUGCAUUAUUGUCAAAAAUUGUUUGAGUGCAAAUUGUACUUUUGUCUUAAUUAUUUCAAAUUGUCAUUGAUUACUGAAAGUUUACAAUGACUUAAUAAUAUAGCACUGUAUGAUGAAACAAAGUGUUGGUAUCUUUUUAUUGAAUAAAAAUUCAUAUUGAUGGUGAACAA